AUGCCCAAGAAGCAGUCUUCCUGUCUCUGUGCUGUUCAGGGUCAUCUGAGAAGCUGUGGGCUAGAUCCCCCACAGGGACAGUGCCGAUGCCCUCCUUCUUCAGCCACAGCAUUGGGUUGGGUCCAGCGCAAUCGGGGAGUGAAGUGCGAGCCGGGUAGCGCGGGGAUCCAGGACACCCCAGUGAGGCAAGAGCCUCCGGAGAGUCAGGUUCCAGGUCCAGAGCCUGGCGCGCAGGGGAUCCCCACAAGGGGGCGGAGGGAAACCUUGGAGGCCCCCGGGAGGAGGCGCAGCCAGCGGCUGGGCGCGCGCAACCGAGCGCACUCGCCGCCCCUCGGCUCGGGGCAGAGGGUGGGGAGGGGGCUGAAGAGACCAUCGGGUUCUCCGAAGUUUCGGGUGAUUCUUUCAGCCCGGAGACCCGCCUCCCAGUGGCGUGCUCCCCAAGAGGGGGCCUUCUGCGCCGCCCCCCCACCCCGGCACUACACGGUCGAAGGAUCGCGCGCCGGGCUCCCUCCCCAGCUCAGUCUCCUCCCCACGCGCCCCCUCUCCGCCGCGCCGGCCAGCGCGGGCUGCGUCCCCGGCACUGCCCCCCGCCCGCGCCCGAGCCCGAGCUGCCGCGCCGCCGCAGGCUGCGGGAGCUGCGCCGCCCGUGCUCACGCCUCGCCCGUGCUCCCGGCGCGCCCCGGCCCCGCUCGGCCCCGGCUCCCCGCUCCCCCGCGCGCGGACCAUGGAGUGAGGGGGCGGGCGGCCCCGCGACGCGCUCCCGCAGCCGGCGAGGCCGGAGCCAGACCGGGUGGCCUCACCAGCCGGCGGAGUUGGCUAGCGGCGGGCCCUCCUCCCGCCGGUCCUUCCCCGCUCCUCCUCCUCGGCCGCCGCCGCCCCCGCCUCCCGGCCGCCCCCGCCGCCCCCGCCGCGCCGCCGCCCGAGGCCGAGCGCGGACGCCGAGCGUGGGAGCCAUGGCGCGCGAGGAGGAGAGGGACCCCGAGCGCCGGGAGGCGGCGGCGCGGGCCAGCGGCGAAGAGGAGGAGGAGGAGGGCGAAGAGGGACUGA